AUGAGUUCAGUAAAUAAAGAUUAUAUAUUUGAACCUUAUAAAGUUACGGAGGUUAAAUAUCGUGGGUUUACAAGUCCCCGGCCGCGAAGUGGUCACAGGAUAGCAUGUGACGACGUAAAUGUUUACUGUUUUGGUGGCUAUAAUCCAUAUUUACCUCUUAAUACCAUACAAAGGAACAAUCCAACAUGGACACCUGCUAUGCCUUUAUUUAAGGAACUUUGGAGUUUUUGUAUAGCUACUAAGAAAUGGACACACCACAAAGUAAUAGAGAAUAUGCCAGAAGAAUUAGCUUCGAAUGCUAUGUGUAUGAAUGGAAACUUUUUAAUGAUAUAUGGAGGCACAGGUGCACCAUUUGGAACUAAAUGCAGUAAUGAUGUAAUAACAUGGCGCACUUGCAGAGGAGAUGCAAGGCUGCAGAUUUUAAAUGUUACAGGAACGAGGCCUCCAGGGCAAUAUGGACAGUCGAUAUUGUGCCACGAUGGUUACUUUUAUACUAUUGGUGGCACAAAUGGAUUUGCAUAUAACUGUGAUAUUUAUAGGUUAGAUCUACGAACAAUGAUCUGGGAGCCAGUAUUCAUUGGUACUGGACAAGAAGGCGAACCUUUAGGUAGAUAUAGACAUGAAAUUGCUAUAGUAGGAAAUAAAUUAUACAUUAUUGGAGGAGGUACAGGAGAAAUAGCAUUUGAACUUAUGGAUAUUCCAAUGUUUGAUGUAGAAACAAAAACGUGGAGUAAAUUAAUACCAAAAGCAGAUGAUUCUACUAAAGAAACCAUAGUUCCUUUAGGGAGAAAGUGUCACAGUGCAGUGCAAAUAAAUACUUUAAAUGGUGCUCAAGUGUUUGUGGCUGGUGGGACUGAUGUAGGAGUUGUUUUUGAUGAUAUAUGGAAGUUAAAUGUGCCAGAAAUGCAAUGGCAGUUAAUGAAAAAAACAGUUCUUCCUCACCCAUUGUAUUUUCAUUCUUCCACUGUAACUUCUUAUGGUUGUAUGUAUAUAUUUGGUGGUAUUGAACCCAAGGACAAUGAAAAUAGAAGAAACAAUACUAUGUAUAAAGUAUGGUUGUGUAUACCAAAGUUAAGUGAGAUUUGUUGGGAGGCAAUACUUAGUUUUUAUCCUAGUAUUGACCAUGUUGACAGAUCAACUUUAUUGAAUGUGGGAAUACCGAGACAUUUUGUUGAUAGAGUGCAUUUAUAAUAGCAUGUUUUUGUUAAUGUUUCUUAAACUUUAAGUUGGUACAAUAAGAACAUGAUUAUUUAUUUUUGUCAUAAUAAUCCUAAAUGAAUUGUAUUUUUAAAAGUAUUAUAAAUUGUGUAUUAAUAUUAAUAUCAAUUUAACAAGUGUUAAUUGUUAUGUUCAUUAGUUAUAUAAUAUUUGUAUACAAUCUACCAUAAUUAUUUGAACCCAAAAUCAAAUAAAGGUUUGUUGACACAUCAGGCAUAAUAGCUUUGAAGUUUUUUGUAAUAAUAAUAAUUUUUGUAUAUAUUAUUAUAUGUUUUCGUUUACUUGUACCUAUUAAUGAAAAUAAAGCAUAAUAUUACAAGCCAUAUGUAAUUUCAAGAAAUUCAUACUAAAAAUUUGAGAAAUG